AUGAAUGAGACCGAUGAAUACUCAAACGUCCAACGACGUCUUUGCGCAGUUAUAGCCAAAUCCGAAUGGACAUCCUCUCGUAUGCGCAUGCAGAAAAGUGGUGAAGAAUUACGAGAACGUCGCGCCAAGUCACAUCGAACAGCAAAUCAGUUUCUGCAAGAACUUCUAGAAAAACGCACUGACAGUGAUUUAAUCGAUGAUCAUGGCGCUGUCGAUCGUUACCAUCACUUCGUUAAAUCGAAAUCUACUCUUCAUGAUGAUAAAAGCACGACAUUAGAUGAAUUUCAUCGACGAUUACGUGAUCUGAAUAAUAACAACUACCACCAAAACAGCCCGAUAAAAAAGUUGCCCGAUAUAAAUUUCAGUUCAAAACAAUCACAUGAUAGACGGUCAACAACAACAAUUGAAAUUCACCACGAUGAAGACGAUGAUGACGAACGAUCGAAACGUUCACGAAUAUUUCCAUCGAUAUCUAUCCUACCGGCGACGUCGACUCCUAAUGAUACAACGCAUGAAUUAACAACAUCAAGUUUUCAUGUCGAUGAAAUUCAGAACCUAUCCUACGUUCAAUCACCAAAUACUUCGUUUAUUCACAAUUCAACUAAUCUUAUUGAGUCAUCACUUAAUGAGCAUCAUCAUUCAUCGUUGUUAGACAAAUUCGAAGCAUUGAAUUAUUCUUCGACAUUGUCAUCGGCUCAUUUACAAAUACCAACUGUAUAUAUACCGAAAGCUCGUCGAGCAGAUGGUACUGAACUCGUUCUUUCAUCACCAUCUUCAUCGUCGCCAUCGUCCUCGUCGCUUUCGAAAAGUCCAGUACUAACAAAUAUUUCAUUAUUCAAUCAUUCGUAUCUUCCACGUUCAUUAACAACACGGGGAAAGUCCAACGUAAAUUCUACAUUCAAACGUCAAUUACCAGCUGUUCCAUCAUCGGAUCAAAAGCCUGUCUUACAGGAACACAUUUCGUCUGAGCAACUAUACGAUUUACUUGACAAUCUAGAUACUCGUUCAUCGCAAGAUACAUUUACACAUAAACUCGAACAAAUAACUGUAUCAACAAAAGUUCCAACCAAUGAAGAAUCUCACAUCGAUCAUUCUUCAGUCGAAAAUUCACCAGUAAUAGAUUACAACGAAAAAAACAUUCUCUCGAAUCUGUUCAAUCACUGUCAAACGUCAUCACAAGAAGAACAGUUCUAUUCAACGUUUCAAAUUAACAUAGAAGACGUUAAAGAUCUCACUCUCUAUACAAUGACACUAAGUACAGUGCAAUUAAGUGCAUCUAUAUUACUUCCAUAUUCGAUACUUAAUGGUCGACGACCUCUCUUAACAUGUUCGAAUCAAACAUGUUUUAAAAAGAUUUCGUCCAAACAACCGAAGAAUACUUAUCAAGUAACAGCGAUCGAAAAAUCGUUAAAUGCAACGGAAUUGCAACCGAAUGAUAUUAUAUUAAAAAUUAAUGACCAAUCUGUUUGGGGUAUGACUACCGAUGAAAUCAGUGAACUUUUGCGAACUUCGACUCAACGAUAUAAUCCUUGUCCAUUGACUUUUGCUCGACUUUGUCAACCAUUUAUUUAA